AUGUCGUCUCUCACCAUGCAAACAUCCCCUUCUUCUUCUUCGCAUGAAUGGGGUACUGUUUUCCUUAGUUUCCAUGGCGGGGACACCCGUCAAAAUUUUACCGCCCAUCUGUAUAAUGCUUUGGAACAAAGAGGCCUUUCCACCUAUAGGGAUGAUAAAGAGCUGGAGAGAGGAAGAUACAUAUCUCCAGAACUCUUGAAGGCAAUUGAAAAUUCCAUGUAUGCGGUCGUCGUUCUCUCUCCAUCCUACGCUUUUUCGAGAUGGUGCUUAUUUGAACUCGCCAAGAUCGUUGAAUGCAUUGAAAAGACGGGGUUGAUACUUUUGCCAGUCUUCUAUCACGUGGAUCCCUCUCACGUGAGAAAUCAGAAAGGUACUUUUGCAGGAGCUUUUGUUAAACAUGAAAACAGUCCCAAGAUUGUCGGAGAUGAUUUGCGAACAUGGAAAUCUGCUUUGAGAAAAGUGGGCAAUAUCUCCGGAUGGGAUAUACGAGAUAGAGAUGAGUCAACAGUUAUUGAAGAGAUUGUAGGAGAGAUACUUGCUAAAUUAAAUUCUACAUUCUCAGCUGUUUCCAAGAGCUUGUUGGAAUAG